CUUUGUUUUGGGUUCCGGAAGUUAUUGGAAAGUUAUCGAGUUAUUACAUAAAUCUCUUCGAAUAGAAAGUAAAGGGUGACUCUGAGGGAGUGACAGACAGGUCAGGGGUCUGAAUCCUGAAUGAGUAUUUAUUAGAUAUAUUGCGCACUCUUUAGGGUGUUUCAGCCAUUUUGUUUGCUUAUGUAAUGUGCUGAGCUGUUUGUAACUGGACCCUGGGCUGAGGAAGAGACUCGAGGCAGUGAGUCAGUUGGAUAAACUGCUGGAGAGGGUGUGCGGCCAUGAGCGACCUGUUGUUGUGGGUGUUGGCUGUUUUGCUGGUACUCUUCUGCUGCUUGGAUGUGUGGUACUAUCUUCGCCUCGUGGCCGUUUUACUCCGGGCCUGGUUCCUCUCUCCGGUGUUUGACGUCACGGCAGAGCAGUCCAUCGGCGGCUGCGUCCUUCUGCACGAUGUCGACAUGUGCCACAUGAACAACGCACGCUACCUGCGCGAGUGUGACUUCGCCCGCAUUUCCCUGUACGCACGCAACGGUGUGCUGAAGGCCAUCAGGGCCCUGGGGGCAACGAUGGUGGUGGGGGCGACUACCGUGCGCUACAGACGGCCCCUGUGCGUGGGCGAAAAGUUCGAGCUGCGCACUCGUAUCGUCACCUGGGACGAGAAAGCGUUCUACGUCGAGCAGCGCUUCGUGUCCAAUAAGGAUAGGAUGGUGGCAGCUGUCAUGUUCUGCAAACAGAACGUGCUGCGUGGCAGCCCGGAUAAAAUCCUCCAGCACCUCUGUAAGAGAAAGGUUGAAGUUCCUGAGUUUCCUGAAGAGCUGCAGCACUGGAUCAGCUUUAUAACGGCAAACAGCCAGGCUCUGAAGGCCGAGAGCGGACUGGAGAAGAAACGUGAAUGAGGGUUGACAUUUUGAGAACAUGUAAACGUUUACCUGCUGAACAUUCUGAUAAAGCAUUCUGAUUAAGUUCAAACUUAAAUGAUUCACUGAGUCACAUUCAUAUGAUUCGAUCGAAUCAUGUAGCUGGAAGAUCUGUGAUGUUUUUGUGAUCAAGGUGAUUUCAGAUUAAUGCAGAGGCUGUAUUUACAUUUUUAUUUUUUUU